AUGGCUGCUGCUGCUGCUGUCUCUGUUGACUGGAGGGGAAGACCCUGCGACCCCCUGAAGCACGGCGGCAUGAAAGCCGCGGUCUUCGUCCUAGGGAUCCAGGCGUUUGAAAUGAUGGCGAUUGCGGCGGUGGGGAACAACCUGAUCACUUACGUGUUCGGCGAGAUGCACUUCCCGCUGUCGGAGGCGGCCAACAUCGUGACCAACUUCAUCGGCACCGUCUUCCUCCUCUCCCUCCUCGGCGGCUUCCUCUCCGACUCCUACCUCGGCAGCUUCUGUACCAUGGUCAUCUUUGGAUUCGUCGAGCUCUCGGGUUUCAUCCUGCUGGCGAUUCAGGCGCACCUGCCGCAGCUCCGCCCGCCGCCAUGCGACAUGAUGGCGGCGGGGCAGCAGGCGUGCGAGCAGGCGAGCGGCCUGAAGGCCGGCAUCUUCUUCGCGGCGCUCUACCUGGUGGCGCUGGGCAGCGGGUGCCUCAAGCCCAACAUCAUCGCGCACGGCGCCGACCAGUUCCGCCGGGGCGGCGGCGGCGACGCCCGCCGCCUGUCGAGCUACUUCAACGCCGCCUACUUCAGCUUCUGCGUGGGCGAGCUGGUGGCGCUCACCGUGCUCGUCUGGGUGCAGACCCGCUCCGGGAUGGACGUCGGCUUCGGGGUCUCCGCUGCCGCCAUGGCCAUCGGCCUGCUCAGCCUCGUCGCCGGUGUCGCCUUCUACCGCAACAAGCCGCCACAGGGCAGCAUCUUCACUCCCAUAGCUAAGGUAUUUGUCGCCGCUGUGAGCAAGAGGAAGCAGGUGUGCCCGUCGACGACGGCCUCCGUGCAGGCCAUCGCAGGUGUUACUGUCCAUGAGAUGUCCGUUAACACCACAGACAUCUGCCACAUCAACAAGUUCAGGUUCUUGGACAAGGCAUGCGUGAAGGCGCCGGACGGCUCCGGCAAGGAGAGCCCGUGGCGUCUGUGCACGCCGGCGGAGGUGGAGCAGGUGAAGCUGCUGCUGUGCGUGGUGCCCAUCUUCGCGUGCACCAUCGUGUUCAACACCAUCCUGGCGCAGCUGCAGACUUUCUCCGUGCAGCAGGGCAGCGCCAUGGACACCCGCCUCGCCGCCUCCGGCUUCCACGUCCCGCCGGCGUCGCUGCAGGCGAUCCCCUACGUCAUGCUCGUCGCGCUCGUCCCGGCCUACGAGGCCGCCUUCGUGCCCGCCAUGCGCCGCCUCACGGGCGUCGCCACGGGGAUCACCCCGCUCCAGCGCAUCGGCGUCGGCCUCUUCGCCGUCACCUUCUCCAUGGUCGCCGCCGCGCUCGUCGAGGCCCGGCGCCGCCACGCCGCGGCCGCGGACGGCGGGGGGCGGCUCCUCUCCAUAUUCUGGAUCGCGCCGCAGUUCCUGGUGUUCGGGCUCUCGGAGAUGUUCACCGCCGUGGGGCUCAUCGAGUUCUUCUACAAGCAGUCGCUCGCCGGCAUGCAGGCCUUCCUCACCUCCAUGACCUACUGCUCCUACUCCUUCGGAUUCUACUUCAGCUCCGUGCUCGUGUCGCUCGUCAACAGGAUCACCAGCAGCUCCACCUCCACAGCAGCAGGCAAUGGAGGCUGGCUUGCCAACAACGACCUCAACAAGGACAGGCUCGAUCUCUUCUACUGGCUCCUUGCGGCGCUCAGCAUCCUUAACUUCUUCAACUACCUCUUCUGGGCAAGGUGGUAUUCCAAGAGCGUAGAGACGGUGUAG